UUCGGCUUUUCCUUUUAGUUUCACUCACAUCCUGAAUUUGUUAAAUGUCAAUUUCGCGACUAAAGUUUAAUUUUGUCCAAAUAUUAAAGAGUUUUUAAUUUCUCCGGAAAUUUAAAUACGCGAUGUUGAGUUUUUAUUGGGGUUGUAUUUAUUUUAUAUUUCAUUUUGUUUGAUUUCAUUUUAAAAAUGUAUUCUCGGUGUAAUCAUGCCGCAAGUUUCUUAUUUAUUUUUUUCUCUAAUUUUCCAUUUCUUGAUGCUCAAAAUUCUACUCUCAGCUAUUUUAUUACUGAAGAUAUAGGUGAAACUUUAAUAGCAACCACUGAAAUAGAUUUAACUAAAUGGACUACUGUAAAGAUAACAAAAAGACCUCUUACCAAAUUUAAAAUCAAAAAAAGGACAUCCCGUAAAAUUAUUGGAGAGAAAUGCUCAUCUUUCAGAGACUGUCCACUCACAGCCUUAUGUGUGAAUGGUAUUUGUUCCUGUCCUUAUGACUAUUAUAACUAUGUGCCUCAAUCAGAUCCCGAACUUUCUGUUUGUCGCAAGAAAUUGAAAUUUGGAUUUCUGUGUACUUUGACAGAAGAUUGUGUUGGUUACGACUCCAAUUCUGCUUGCUCAGAUGGUGUUUGCAAAUGUAUCAAUGGUACACAUUAUAUAGGAUCUCGCAAUUUGCUUUCCUACAAUAAACGAUGUUAUAAAAUUCUGGAUAGAGAAGGUGAUGUGUGUGACAUUGAUGAACAAUGCAGUAGAUUAGCAGAUAAUCACCACAAGUGCCGGUGCAUUGGUAGAUGUGAUUGCACCAGUACUAAUAGUUAUGGUGGUUGUAGCAUUUGUCAUGAAAAUAUUAAAAGGACCUUUUUUGGAGGUGCUGCAUUUAUUGCAAUUUUAUUCACCACUCGUGUUUUUUCUAGAGUUAGGAAACGAACGAGUUCCCAACAACAGCAGAAUAUGAGUUUGAGUGGUUCGAGAGAAAGAUGCUACCGAUUGAAUACCAGUCGUACGGUACCCUUGCCAUCUGUCUCGUAUAGCCGUAGUAAUCUGAGAUCCAAUCGUCAUAUAGCAUCAUCUUUACCGGAUGUAUUUUUGAUUGAGAGUCAUAAUUUGAUAGGCCUUCAUUCAUCUAAUACUACAGACUUUUACCCACAAACUAGUCCUUCUAAUACUGAUCGAUCUACCGAAAGAAGUGAAGAUGCUCCACCAUCCUAUGAGGAUAUUAUUGGAAGGGACCACUUAGUCUGGAGCGAACCACCUCCAUCUUACCAAGAAGUUGCCUCCAAAAGUCCUUAAACAUGAAAAAUGUCUGUAUAAUAAAAUAGAGAUGGGUGAAUUUUGUUUCCUUACCUCUAUAAAUUGUUUACUCAAAUCUCUAAUGUUUUAAAACUGAAGAUGUAUUGUCUAAGCGUAACUCAUUGUAGCCAUGUUAGUAUUUACGUAUAGUAUCUGAAAAACUAGAUGGUUUCUAAAUUUUAUAUCACAGUUUUUAAAAAAAUAUAUGUAGUAGAUAUAUUUAAAACUUAAAAGUGGUACUAAACCAGCAUAAAUUGAUACACUUAAUUUUUAUAGGAAUUUAAUGUGCUAUAAUUUUAAUAAUAAGAAGAAAAAUUAUAUGUUUUAUUUUAAUAAUAAUAGAAAUUUUAAGUGCAAAUUUUCUGCACUUAAUUUUUAAGCUUGCCAUAGGAAAACAUUUUUAAACUGUCCUAUAAUUUUUUAUUAUAUAAAAUUUGGACAUAAAAGAAAAAUCAGUUUUCAAUGAAUCCUUCCUUACAAUGGCAUUCAAUUAUAAAAUUUCGCUAUAAGAGAAAAAAACAUUUUUUUUUCUUAAGUCAGAUCUUCUAUAAAAGAUUUACAACAGAAAUAGAUAAUGUUUUUGGAUUCUAAAGAAGUUUUACUCUUACUCUCUGCUAAAAAUACUGUUGUUAUCACUUUUUAAAGAAUUCAAGUUCUUUGGAAGUUUGCUCAGAAAAUUUUUAAGUUUAAAAUGCUUACAAUUAAAUAACAGUGAAAUUAAAUCUAUGCUUCCUUAUAUUACUUACCUUAUUUAAAUCUUUAAAAAUCGAAAAUAUAAAUAACUGAAGUAUUAUAGUUAUAGAAUUGCUGAUUUAAAUAGCUCUAUUACAUGCAUUAGAAUUUCAAAAUUACAUGAAUGUGUAUUAUUGUAAUUCACCCAUCUCUAAGGAUGUGUAAUUUUCCACAUAUAUUACUUUUUAAAAGCCUUAUAUAAUUAUGGGAACAGAUAUAUGGAAUAUUUUAGCUAAUAAUUUUAUUUAUAAAUAUAUAUUUUUAUGCAUAAUACACUGCUAUGUAGUUUAUAAAGUUUGAACUUUAAAUGUAUAUCCUCUUUAAAAGAGAAAAUAUUCAGGAAAUGGCAUCGAUAUCUUGCCAAAUCAUUGAACUUUCAAUUUCAUGGGUGAGGGAGAAGUAAAUAAAAUCCACUGAAAAUUAGUAAUAUGAAAAUUGUUCAAUUUUUUUGAAGGAAAAAAAAGAAAUUUUCUUGGUGUUUUUCAUCAUUACAUUUAUUCUGUGGGCAGAUGCAAGUGAAAUCCUAACUACGCAUGCGAAAGAACUUGAUAGUCAAUUAUAAUAUCUCAUGUAACAAUUUGAAUAUCUACCUUUUUAUGAACAGGUUUCUUUGUAAAUUGAGUCUAUUGAGACUGCCUUCCAACAAUUUAAAUCUGCUUUUCAGUCAUAUGUUCGCAAAACCUACUAAUUGACUGUAAUCAAUUAAACUAAAAAAACUAAAGUAUUAUUUGCAGAUACAAUAAUGGGAUCUUGAUUAUCUGAAGUAACUAAGACCUGGGUUGCAAAAAAGCCAGCCUUUUCUGAAAAAGUUCAAUAAAUGCUGGUUUUUAUUAUGAAUAGUUUAAGUUUUGCAGCUCUUUUUAUUUUGUGUCUUAUUAUUCAUAAUUAACAUACGUGCAUUUAAAUUCAAUUUAUUGAUUAUUAUUCAGUAAAAGUAGCUAAUGAGCUGAAAACAAUGACUACCUAUAGUUUGUCUUCGGUAAGAACUCCCCCCCACCGCAAAGUCUGAGGCAUUCUGCUGCUAUGGAAACAAGAAUAGCACAUUUUAGGAAGGGUAGCUUCUCUUUACUCUAGGCCUAAUACAGUAGACCAAAGAAAAAGAUACCCUUUCUUUCGUCAACCCGAGCCAAAACCUGUCCUAUACAAUGACCCUACUUGAAAUAGUUAUACCACAUUACCAUAGUCACCGCCACGGGUCCUGACGAAUGGCUAAGGGAUUGCUUACUUUCUACAAACUAUACAGUUCUUUAUAUUGUAGCACUAUGAUUUAAAAGUUUCACUUAUUUAAAUUGCAGAAGCUCCACUUUUAGUUUAUAAAUGUAAAACUUGGUUUUCAAAAGUAUGUAAGCAAUAAUAUUUAAUAAAUAAAUUCCAAUGUAUUUUCAUUCAUAGAUUGAAAAUUUAGUAUUUUUUAAAAAAAAUUAUAGUGCUAUUAUAGCAUUUAAUUUUAAUAUUACCAUUCUUUUUUUUAAAUUGGUAUAAAGAUAUUUUAUUUUGGAAUUCCGUAGCACUGUUGUCCUAGUUAGCAAUACUCUUUAGUUUCUUUUUUGAAUUAACCAUUUGUGGAUAAUAGUAUUCAGUUCUCAAUUGUUAUGUAUUUUAGUAUAUUUUCCUUUAUAGAACUUUCUCUAGGUUUUAUGCACACUACAAUAUUAUACCUAUAUUGCCACUAAUUUGACAUGCUUUUUUUUUUGUUCAAAAGUGAAGAACAUGGUAGUAAAAUAAUUAUAAAAUUAUAGUACAAUAAUAACAAUGAAAUAAGUAAAAUUACAAUUUUAAGAUUUCUUUAGAAAAACCUACCAACUUCACCAAUUAUUAUAAUGUUUCUUUAUUUUUCACAUAAAAUUAUAAAUUUUAUAUUGUCAUGCUUUACAAUAGGAUAAUUAUUUAAAAAGCUCCAAGUGAAAUUGUAUUAUGACAUGAUGGAGAUUCUGCUUUGUAUGUUUGCCUCCAAAUUAGAAAUAGACAGUAUGUUUCUUUUUGUAAAUCAUCCAAGGUACAUCACUUGCUUGCAUCUCAUCAAUCUUUUUACUGUCCAAGAUGACAAAAUUGUGAGUGAGUUUAAUCCUUGGGUAGUAUGGAAGAAUAUAAAUUUGUACAUGGUAAUAAUGUUUUUCAUCGUGUGAAAAAUAAAGGAUUGCACAUA